GAGAUACAAUCCACUAUGUCCUCUUUCUAUUUAUAUAGAAGGGGGAUACGAGGAUGUUGCGUUAUCACCCUUGCUACCGUCUCUUAUUGCCAAAAUCGUCAGCCUGUCCGGCAGGGUGCGUGCGUCUACGCGACGCUCUUCCCCGUCUCAUUUCGGACAUCAUCGUGUCAAAAAUUUCCUCUUCUUCCUGCACCUGCUCUCAACAUCUACUCCAUGUCGCCAACCACCCCGAUGAAAUUGAAGUCGCCGCCGGUUGCCAAGAAGGUGGACCAUGUCAUGGAGUUGUUUGGAGAUGUCAGGGUGGACCACCACUACUGGCUUCGCGACGACUCUCGCUCCAAUUUUGAGAUCCUUUCCCAUCUCCAAGAGGAGAAUGCCUACACUGACUCCUUCAUGUCCGCAACAAAACAAUUUGAGCAGCAUGUCUUGGCUGAAAUAAGAGGGCGAAUCAAGGAGGAUGACAUAUCUGCACCCAGAAGAAAAGGCCCUUACUACUACUAUACAAGGACUUUGGAAGGCAAAGAGUAUGUUCAACAUUGCCGACGCUAUGUAUCUAACAAGGAAGUUCAACCUUCAGUCCAUGAUGUAAUGCCAACAGGACCUAAUGAUCCUCCCGAGUAUGUUAUACUGGAUGAGAAUGUCAAGGCUCAAGGGCAUGAAUAUUACAGUAUUGGUGCUUUCAAGGUUAGUCCAAAUCAUAAACUGGUUGCAUAUGCAGAAGACACCAAGGGAGAUGAAAUUUACACUGUUUAUGUCAUUGAUGUGGAGACUCGUAAUCCUGUUGGGAAGCCUCUGACAGGUGUAACGUCUUCUCUUGAGUGGGCUGGCAAUGAGUUUUUAGUUUAUAUCACAAUGGAUGAGAUACAUCGGGCUGAUAAGGCGUGGUUGCAUAAGUUGGGGACAGAUCAAUCUAGUGACUUUUCCCUUUAUCACGAGAAAGAUGAUAAGUUUUGUUUGGAUCUUCAAGCCUCAGAGAGUGAAAAGUACUUGUUUGUUGUGUCUGACAGCCGAAAUACAAGGUUUGUAUUCUAUAUUGAUGUUUCCAUGCCUGAAAAUGGUGCCAAGAUUUUGACACCUCGUGUAGAUGGCAUUGAUACAUCAGUCGGCCAUCGUGGAAAACACUUCUUUAUUCGGAGGAGAACUGAUGAGCUUUUCAAUUCAGAGCUCCUAGUCUGUCCAGUAAAUGACAUUUCUGCAACUACAGUUCUUAUUCCUCACAGGGAAAGUAUAAAAAUUUGGGAUGUACAACUUUUUGCUGACCAUCUGGCUGUGUAUGAGCGUGAAAAUGGUCUGCCCAAAAUAACAGCAUAUCACCUUCCAGCUGUUGAUGAGCCACUUACAAGUCUUAAAGGAGGCCGUGUUGUUGACUUCAUUGACCCUGUUUAUUGUGUGGAUUCAGAAGAAUCGGAGUUCUCUUCCAGCAUUUUGAGGUUUUCCUAUAGCUCGUUGAGGACACCUCAUUCUGUGUACGAAUAUGAUAUGAAUACAGGCAGUUCUGUUCUGAAGAAGAUUGAAACAGUCUUGGGAGGUUUUGAUUCAUGUAAUUAUGUUACUGAAAGAAAAUGGGCUAAAGCUUCAGAUGGCACCCAAAUUCCUUUGUCAAUUGUUUACAAGAAGGAUAUUGUGAAACUUGAUGGGUCUCAUCCAUUACUGCUUUAUGGCUAUGGUUCAUAUGAGAUGAGCAUAGAUCCCAAGUUUAAGGCAUCAAGGCUGUCUUUACUGGAUCGUGGCUUUAUCUUUGCAAUAGCUCACAUCUGUGGAGGUGGUGAAAUGGGGAGGCAGUGGUAUGAGAAUGGAAAGUUCUUAAAGAAAAAAAAUACUUUCACAGAUUUCAUUACUUGUGCAGAGUAUUUAAUAGAACAGAAGUACUGUUCAAAGGAAAAAUUGUGCAUUGAAGGAAGGAGUGCAGGGGGAUUGCUCAUUGGUUCUGUUCUUAAUAUGAGGCCUGAUUUGUUCAAGGCUGCUAUUGUCGGGGUACCUUUUGUGGAUGUUCUGACUACUAUGCUUGAUCCAAGUAUCCCUCUUACAACUGAAGAGUGGGAGGAAUGGGGAGACCCUCGGAAGGAGGAGUUCUACUUUUACAUGAAGUCAUAUUCCCCUGUUGAUAAUGUUAAGCAUCAAAAUUAUCCCCACAUACUUGUCACAGCUGGCCUACAUGAUCCAAGGGUUAUGUAUUCAGAACCAGCAAAAUUUGUGGCAAAGCUGAGGGAUAUGAAAACUGAUCAUAAUGUGCUGUUGUUCAAAUGUGAACUAAGUGCUGGGCAUUUUUCAAAGUCAGGAAGAUUUGAGAAGCUUCAAGAAGAUGCAUUCACAUAUACAUUUCUGAUGAAGGUCCUAAAUAUGAUUCCUGACCUUGGUUCUGGCCAAAAUGAUGAACCUGUGCCUCUAUAGGAACAAUGCAAGUUAGCAGCAUCAAAUAUCGCAGUUCUGGUUUAGAACAGUGUUUUUUGGGUGCAUCCUGAAAUGUAGAAAACGUUUUGGAUGAGGUAUUAUCAAGUGGCAAUUUGACUUUACCCUAAAAGAAGUAUCCAGUUGGGUUCAACCAAAUAGGGUAUUUGUUUCCUAAAUGAGAAAUAAAUCUUAUACAGAUGUAGUUUAUUAAAUAUGAAUAUAAUAUUUUUAAAAA